UUUUUUUUGUACUGCUACGGUAACCUACUAUCGAAGGUCGACCAAGAACUACUUCAAGGGACAAACAAACACACAAACAAAGAAACUGACCUACCUUCCUCCCUGGAGACAGGUGGGCUUAGCAUAAUCUACCUCAUGUCUUCUUCGUCGCCCGUCGCCGCAUAAUAAGCCCAACCACACGACCCACCAUCAUGAACACCGACGAGAAGAUCUACCCCUCCGGGCAGCACUAUUCGGGCAGCAACCGGAUCCCCAGCAUCAAGCAGUUCGUCGAGUCGCUGGACCGGCAAAAGAAGGACCGCGAUGCCCAGAUCGACGCCCAGCUCAAGGCCAACCACCACCAUGGCGAGGUCAGGGACCACCUCCCCGCCGACCAGCGCAAGCCGGGCAAGAACCGCCGCACCGUGCGCGACCCGACGACCGGCAAGGACGUCGAGAUUGAGGACAUUGGCUCCCACCACAUGAAAGCCGCCGACGAGCCCAUGAUCACGGUCCCCAAUGCCAACCUGGGCAAGGAGACAACCAGACAGACGACCUCGUCCCAGUCGGGCGAGGAGUACCGCGUCGCGCAGGACGUGACGGCCCCGCCCGACCCCGUCGCCGAGGGCGCCACCUCGGACGUGCCCAUCCACGGCGAAAAGACGAACGUGCUCUUCCACCCGACCCCGAGCGUCAGCUACGAGCCCAUGUUCGCCUCCAUCGAGGCCCGCGCCAACGUCCUCUGCGCCUUCGUCUUCCUCGCCAUCGUCUUCCUCGGCAAGGCCCUGGGCGGCGGCAGCCUGUGGGCGCUCGUGCCCCUCGGCGCCGCCGUCGUCUCGGGCGUCUUCCUCUGGGCCAAGGACCUGAUCCGCCAGGGCCGCGCCGCCGAGUGGAGCGCCGAGCAGAAGCGGGGCGAGACCGCCGUCGUGAACCUGAUCCCCGAGUCGGUCGAGUGGCUCAACACGGCCGUCGGCCUCAUCUGGGGCCUCGUGAACCCGGACAUGUUCGCCGCCGUCGCCGACACGCUCGAGGACGUCAUGCAGGCCAGCGUCCCGCGCGUCAUCGAGCACGUCAAGGUCAACGACCUCUCCCAGGGGACCAACCCGCUGCGCAUCCUGAGCCUGAGGGCCCUGCCCGACCGCCACGUGCAGGACCUGAAGGAGGAGAUCCAUAAGCGGGACGCCAAGGUCAAGGACCCGCAGGAGCUGGCCGCCGAGGAGGAGAGCGGCGACUUCUACAACCUCGAGGCCGCCGUUGCCUACCACUCGCUGCCCUCGUCCGCCGACGUGUCGUCCAAGGCCAAGAACAUGGGCAUGCAGCUCGUCUUCUACCUCGGCAUCAAGGGCCUGUUCGGCCUGCCCUUCCCCAUCUGGGUCGAGCUGAACCGGCUGGUGGCCACCGUCCGGCUGCGCGUCGCCCUCGAGCCCAACCCGCCCUUCGUCAAGACGCUCAGCUUCACCCUCAUGGGCCUGCCCAAGGUCGAGGCCAGCUGCGUGCCGCUCGUCGAGAAGGGCGCCAACAUCCUCAACCUGCCGCUCAUCUCCAACUUUGUCAACUGGGCCAUCGCCACCGCCGCCAGCAUGUACGUCGCCCCCAAGUCCAUGACGCUCGACAUCGGCAAGAUGCUCGUCGGCGACAACAUCAAGAAGGACACCAACGCCCUGGGCGUGCUCUUCAUCCGCAUCCACAAGGCCGUCGGCCUCAGCAAGCAGGACCGCCGCGGCAGCGACGGCGGCGGCUCCGACCCUUACAUCUGCGUCUCCUUCUCCAAGUUCGGCAAGCCGCAGUACUGCACCCGCGUCAUCCAGGACGACCUCAACCCCAUCUUCGAGGAGAGCUGCGCGCUCCCCAUCACGGUCGACGUCAUCAAGGCCGACGAGCAGCUCUCGCUCGAGCUGUGGGACAGCGACCGGUCGUCGGCCGACGACGUGGUCGGCAAGGUCGAGAUGAGCAUCCAGAAGCUGAUCCAGCACCCGGGCAGGAUGUUCCCCCAGGUGUCCAAGCUCAAGGGCGUCAAGGCCGGGAGCACCAUGCCGGGCGAGCUGCACUGGGAGGUCGGCUACUUCGGCAAGACGCAGUUCCGCCGCGCCCUGCGCACCGACGGCCUCGACCCCAACCUGCCCCUGGCGCUGCGCGACAGGAAGGAGAUGCAGGACGACAAGGGCAGCCUCGACACGGCCGAGGAGGACGCCGUCGCGCACACGCCGCCCGACCCGCUCUGGCCGAGCGGGGUGCUGAGCGUGGUCGUGCACCAGAUCGUCAACCUCGAGCUCGCCAACAUCAAGGGCUCCAAGGGCGGCAAGCGCUCCGGCGGCCGCGAGUACGAGCCGGCGCGGCCCGAGGCGGGCGAGAUCAAGGAGGAGGAAGGGAAGAAGCUGCCGAGCGCCUACUGCACGGUGCUGAUCAACGACGAGCUCGUCUACAAGACGCGCACCAAGGUGGUGUCGUCGCGCCCCAUCUUCGAGGCCGGCACCGAGCGCUUCAUCCGCGACUGGCGGUCGUGCAUCGUCACCGUCACGGUGCGCGACUCGCGCAACCGGGAGCACGACCCUAUCAUCGGCGUCGUGCCGCUGCGCCUCUCCGACGUGCUCCAGACCAGCAGCCAGAGCACCCGCUGGUACCCGCUCGACGGCGGCAUCGGCUUCGGCCGCAUCCGCCUCAGCCUCCUGUUCCGCUCGGUCGAGCUGCGCCUCCCGCCCACCCAGCUCGGCUUCGGCGACAUCGGCACCUUCGAGUUCACCUCGGACGCCCUCACCGCUACCGGCGGCCACCACCCGUCCCAGCACACAAAGAUCCGCAUACGCACCGGCGGCAGCUCGGCCACCGUCAAGGCGCACGCCUGCCGGCGCAGCGACGACGGCACCGGCCUGACCUGGGACAUCAGCGGGGGGGCGCACCACCCCAGGUCGUCGCGGCGCGUCCGCCUGCCCGUGCGCUUCCGGUACCGCUCGCCCGUCUUCUUCGAGUUCCGCCCGUCGUCGUCGGGCGGGCCCAGGCGGCGCAAGAAGGCCGACGCGGCGUUCGCGUCCCUGUGGCUGCAGGACGUGCCGGACGGGGAGGAGCGCGACUUCGACCUGCCCAUCUGGCGGUGCGACAACGGGAUGCGGCUGUCGCAGAACUACAUCACGCCCGACAACGUCGGCUCGGUGCCGGACCUGCGCGUCGAGGAGGUCGGCCGGCUCCGCUUCCGCGGCCGCUUCAAGCCGGGCACCGACCGCGACCACCUCCGCUUCGUCAGCGACAACGACUCGCGCGAGACCAUCGAGUCGUGGGAGGCCUGCUUCGCCGAGGGCGUCCGCGCCGAGCACGUCCGCCCGGAGGUGCCCCCCGCCGUGCAGCGGCUGCACGAGGAGAGCCUGACGCACGGCCGGGACGUGCUGGCCAUGGCGCCCGAGGAGGAGAAGAAGAAGUGGCUGGCCAAGGACGGGACCGACUGGACGGGCGCGUUCGGAGAAGAUCCCGCCGCGCUGCUGAAGAGGAAGAAGCAGCUGGACGGCGAGGCCGGGAGCGUGGACGAGCGCGGGGAGCCGACAACACACGGGCGGGUGGUGGACGGGGUAGAAGUAGAAAACGGCGAGGGCGAAGAGGAUAGCAGCGGCGACGAAGUCGAGGAGGAGGAGGAGGAGGAGGAGGAGGACGAAGUGGACCUGGGCAUCGACGAUGCCACGCAUGACCGGGCAAAGCAGCAGCGAAACAGUGUCGGGGGGCCCAGUGAUGAGGGCGGCGAGGGGAACUAUACUUGGAGGAAGGGCGGCGAGGGCGGCGGCGGCUCCUCCUCGCGCAAGUCGACCGACAGCAAAGCCACGGGAGCCACCGACGCCACCGGUCAGCCGGGCAGCAGCAGCAGCAAGAACCCGAUCAAGCAGUACAAGGACUACCGCACCCGGAGCCGGGACCUGCACCGGAAGCACCGCGGGUUGAUGCAGUGGAAACCCAUGCGCAACAUCCAGUUCGCAAAAGAUGAGGCCGUGUUCGCUACCAGGAGGCUGAUGAAGGUCGGCAGCCUCAGCGGGCGCAAGCCCGAUGUCGAGACGGAGGUUUGAGGGGCAUGACGCUUUAUGGAGAGAGAUCCAUACUUUCUUUCGCUUUUAUUUCCUGGGGUCGGCGGUGGUUUUGGUCGGCAAUGAGAUGAAACGGGGAAAUUAAAAGAGGGAGAGAGAAGGAAGACAUGGAAAACAAGACUUAACAGAUAUUCAAUAUCGGCCUAGUAUGCAAGUCUUCUUUCGCUUUCUCGGCCGUAAUAAUUCGUUAUUUUAGGUAACCGUCGUAGCUAAGGAACGCCAAUUUCAGAAAUUGUGUUCUAUCAUCAUCUUUUCAUUCUCAUGUCGUUGGGUUGCUGUUUCGGGGCAAAAAAGCGGAAAGCAUCCACAGACUUUGUACGG